GAAUGUUUCUGACGGGGAGAAAGGAGCCCGAAGUAGACUGAAAUAAGUUUGAACGGGGUAUAAUUCAUCGCCGCAGUUUUUGGCCUGUUUAGUUUUUUUCCUGACCCACUUCUUCCGCAGAGGGACAGUCGACACUGCGGCGAUAAGUUUGUAGAAAAAUAUUUUUUUUUCUAUAUAUAUAAGGCUGCUUUUCCAAAUUAUGCUGACAGGAGACGCAGCGGCAACAGUCUUGGCUGGUUUUAUUGAGGUACUUUUGGACUGCUGAAGUUUCGGGUCACCUGAGACAUUUUUUCACUUCCUCUUCAGGACUUCGUGUGUUUUGCGCCUCGCUAUCAUCUGUGGGUUAUUUAUUUGGUGAAUGGGAAUUUAGCCGCAGUCGCUCAGAUGAAAAACGACAUCGGGAAGUAGCCGAAUCACCUGUUAUUGACUGAAAUCUUUCGUUUUUGCCUGCAAACAGGUACUGUACGUGUGUGUGUUUACCAGCUCUAAUGGUAGAAGCUAGAAAACCUCACCUGUGAGAGGAUCGAACCACCUCACCAUGACAGAGGUCCAGACUCCAUGGCCACAGGGCACAGAGUGUGUGGCCAGGUACAGCUUCAAAGGCACAUCAGAGCAGGACCUGCCCUUUAACAAAGGAGAUGUUUUGACUAUCAUUGUCGUCACAAAGGAUCCAAACUGGUACAAAGCUAAAAAUUCUGCAGGUCGUGAGGGAACAAUCCCAGCCAACUAUGUUCAGAAGAGGGAAGGUGUGAAAUCUGGUGGCAAGCUGAGUCUAAUGCCAUGGUUUCACGGGAAGAUAACACGGGAUCGGGCCGAGCAGUUGCUUAACCCACCUGAAACAGGCCUGUUUUUAGUGCGAGAGAGCACCAACUUCCCUGGCGACUACACCCUAUGUGUGAGCUGUGAUGGCAAGGUGGAGCACUACCGCAUCAUUUACCACAACGGCAAGCUCACUAUUGAUGAGGAGGUCUAUUUUGAAAACCUCAUGCAGCUGGUUGAGCACUACACCAAAGAUGCAGAUGGCCUGUGCACCAGACUAAUCAAGCCAAAGCUGGAGGAGGGGACAGUGGCUGCUCAGGAUGAAUUUUCCAGGAGUGGCUGGUCAAUGAACAGAAAGGACCUCAAACUGCAGCAGGUUAUUGGAAAAGGAGAGUUUGGAGAUGUUAUGGUUGGAGACUACAGAGGGACUAAAGUAGCUGUGAAGUGCAUAAAAAAUGAUGCUACAGCACAGGCUUUUAUUGCUGAGGCUUCUGUCAUGACGCAACUACGGCAUGAUAACCUGGUGCAGCUGCUUGGAGUGAUUGUAGAGGAAAAUGGGAGUCUGUUUAUAGUUACUGAGUACAUGGCCAAGGGCUGUUUGGUUGACUACUUACGUUCCAGAGGCCGGACAGUACUUGGUGGAGACGCUCUCCUUAAUUUUGCACUAGAUGUCUGUGAAGCCAUGGCGUACCUGGAGGCAAAUAACUUUGUCCACCGAGACUUAGCAGCCCGAAAUGUUCUUGUCUCAGAAGACAACAUCGCCAAAGUCAGUGACUUUGGGCUGACCAAGGAGGCCUCUUCCACUCAGGACACUGCUAAGCUGCCUGUGAAGUGGACAUCGCCAGAGGCCCUCAGAGAAAAGAAAUUUUCCACCAAAUCAGACGUUUGGAGCUACGGCAUUUUGCUUUGGGAGAUUUACUCUUUUGGACGAGUGCCAUAUCCAAGAAUUCCGUUAAAAGACGUAGUGCCUAGAGUGGAGAAGGGAUACAAAAUGGACUGUCCAGAUGGCUGUCCUGAAGUGGUGUAUAACAUCAUGAAACAGUGCUGGAACCUGGAUCCUGGUGCUCGACCAAGCUUUCAGAUGCUGAAGGAGUGGCUACAACAUAUCAGCCAAGGGAUGGGAAGAAAACAGUGAGAGAUCUGGCAGAAUGGAAGUGAAAAUUGACUUUCAUCACUUUGACGACUUUGACGACUUGGACCAUAUCUGGGGACUAAAAAAAUUGAUUUUCAUGGACUAUAUUUUUUGGCAAAGUUCACAACAAAUACGCUUUUCAUCAACUCAUCAAUUAUGACCGUCAAAAUGUAGGUUUCAUUGUGUCCCAGGUUGUGCAAACUGCAGUGACUCUUAGUUACUGGCUCCGUCGCCUUAAUUAUUAAGUCUUCCUGCACUCUGUUAUCAAGAGUGAAUGAUUAACUGUCAUAUCGAGGAGUGCUGCCUCAGAGCCACAAUCCUUUGACCUGUAUUUUAUAUCUUUUAUGUCCUUUGAAUUGAUAUCCUUGGUGGCAUCAUUUCACUUGUGAAAUGCCAUGAACUUGUGAGCAUCAUUUGACUAAGAUGACUGAAUCUAUGGUAUCUGUUUAACUCACUGCAUCAUUGUUAUUAUUUUUACCGUUUCCAGGUACAUGUUUUUUGCAUAAACUGGUGAAUGUUGAAUCUUUUUGUUAAAAGGAUUAAGUUAAAAUGUCUAUAAUCAUGCAGCUUUAUUUGUUCAUGGUGAAAUAAUUUUUAAUAUGCCUACUUUUGGAUCCCUCUUUAUGUCAAAAAAAGAAGCACAAGUUUGUAAAAAUGUCACAUUUACUACUGAUAUAACGGCAACCAUUCAGCUCAGUCAUGUAGUCAUGAUUUCCAUGUGCAGAAUUUUCCAUCUAACAAAAAAAAAUAUUUUGCAAAUCCUUGGAUUUAACCAAAUUAUCUGGAUUUUGUAUGUAAUGAGAAAAAGAGAAUGUUAAUAAGUUUACUGUGCUGCCAUUUUCAACAAUAAAACUAAUUUGUUUUUAAAUUUGAAACUGAAAUUGAAUUUUAUUUUUCAUACUUUUCUAUAAAAGUUGCCUAAAGUAAAAUUGUAGUUUAUCCUCAAUAAGUGUGUGAAAGCGGAGUGUAAUAUUACUCAGAUAUUCUUGCAAUUGGUACCAGAAUAAUGUUGAGAAAUUUUUGCACUGUACUUGCUCUGUGUGUGUGUGUGUGUGUGUGUGUG